AUGUUUAAAACACCACCUAAAGGCAUGGUAAAAUCCAAGGACUGCACUCAUGAAGCAGGUAUGUCAACAGAAGAAUCGCAGGUUCUGCGCAGCGUGAGGGAACAAGAAAAUAAUAUAAUUGAGUUGGACGCUAAACAAAUGACAAGAAAGACACCAGCUUCAGCCAAAAACUCAAUAAAGACAUGGAUCCUAAAUUCUCAAGUGUCUCCCAAAACGAAGACCCCUACGAGCGAGGCGAAAAUCUUAUACACGACCAUCAAGAGUACAAUCAGCAGUUUAAAAUUUACAAAAAUGGAACUAAAAGAUAAAAUUGUAAGUGCCGCGGAAAGACUUUUUGAACUUGUCAAGGAACUGGAAAAAACGAACGGUGACAUUACAGCACGGGUCGAUACAAGUCAACUAGUUGGAGGGGAGCAGUCAAAAGAAGAAAACACGCUAAAUACGGAAUGUGGCAGCGACGCUAGAGAAAUUUUAAUGAGAAUAGAGGAACAAGGAGCUCUUAUAAGAAAAAAUAACGAUAAAAUUGAACAGUUAAAACUACUAAUCGAAAAACAGGAUAAAACAGACGAAAUAAGGGAAAAAAAGAUUAUAAAUAAGAUAGAAACAACUACAUUCUCGAUACAGUCCACAUAUGCCAGUAUCGUUGCGGGUCAGAAAAGUAAAGGAGAAAGGAACACGGUUGCAUCCAACUUAAAGCCUACCGCACUUCACUCUUUAAUUGUUACUUCAACAGAACAAGAGACGAGCAAUGAAAUUAUCGAGCGCAUUAAAACGGCAGUAAAUGCAAAAAGACCGGAAUAA